UGUCUUCCUAUCUGGCCUGUUUUGAGGCCAAUUCACACAGGUGUAGGUGAUGUAUGUAAUUAAUUGGCACACCCCAAGCGCGUGGAUAAGCUGAUGAGCGGCAGAAGGACACGUUCCACACGGGAACUAAUAAACAUCACUUAACUAUGAGCAGAAGACCACCUAAUGGGUCCAAGGAUGAUCUUAAUGAUGACCCUACUAGAGGGAAGUAUUACCCCUCUACUGAAAAGGAAAGUGAGCUCCAGGCUUCUCUUCAUUCUCGCAAGGAACAGAAACGGAGGCUUCAAAUCAGAACAUCUUGUCGACGCUUGUGUGACCUUCUGCCCUUUGUCAAUGGUCAAUUAGACACAGCAACCACACUAGAGCUCACUGCAAGGUACAUGAGCUACCUGAAGGAGACUCUGCCUCCAAACAUUCUGUCUAAAGUUAAUAAAGCAGUUGAGGAGAAUGUGAGCAGUUCAUGCAAAAAUGUACAGAGAUCACAAAAGAAACGAAGAACAGUCAGGCUACAGAGGAAUACUUUUCAGAGAGCAAAGCCAGGUGCUAAGAAAUCAACUGAGGAUCAUGUCCCAAGAAGAUGCACUCAGCAGAAGAUCUGUAAACAGGUAAAUCAGCCAUCUAUCACAAUAACCAAUCCUCUGACAAUGGAUCAGACGCUUCCUCCAGGUGACGGCCCGACCACAGUGCAUGCCCCGAUACUGUUGGACAAAUCGGCUGUUCCCCGGGGACAAAUGCUGCCAGUAUGCCAGGAUCAAUUUCUCCCUGCCUCAUUUCAGUCUGUGGAAAAUAACUGGAUGAACCCGACCUCUGCAUUUAUGAAUCCCACUUCUUGUGCUUUCACAUCAGCAAUGAUCAGCCGCACUUUUUUACCAAAGAUGGGACCUCACCCAUCUUCAAGCCAUGUGUUAUGGGAUGUCACUCCUAGCCUGGUGGAUCCUGUUGCUUUCACAUCAGGGAAUUUUGGCCAAGCCUACAGCCCACCUGAACAGACUACGGUAACAAACUUCAUCGUACCCCCGGUAGAACAAUGUCAGAUUGAUUCACCUCUGGUUGGCUCAACUGACAGUAUUUCAUCUGUCGAUUUUACAAACCAACCACUCGUCCCAAGUGCAACUUCAAGUUCUCAUGACCUGACACCUGAGAAUGGAAAUCAGCCAGUGUCAGAUGCUCUGUGUGAUUUAAGACUCCUCCAGGAGAAUGACCUUUGUAGCAGUAGCCCUUUGACAGACAGUCCACAGGAUGUGGUCAGUCCAUUUUGGUUGGAUUUGCUGUUGGAUACCAAUGGUAACUUGUGCUUCCCGGAUGCUAAUCUCGUAAACAUUGUUCUUUCCCCUUACACGGGGUCUAACUAAGCAUAUGGUAACUAUAUGUCACUGAUAUGCUGAAUAUAUACAGCAUAUUUGCUUUGUUUUGAUUGGCCAAAUAUUUCAGAAAUGUAGAUAUUGGUUAGUUUUUAUUUUAUGUUGAUCUAUAAUGCAUAUGUGAAAGAUAUGUAGGCAGUUGAUGGGUUGUCUGAGUCUUUCUCUCAUGUAUAACUGAGCUAGAGCUGCUUUAUUGUGAUUUGCUUUAGGGGGUCUACAUACAGUAACUCGGCAUGCAAUACAUGUCUAUAUACCGUAGGUCUUCAUUACGGCCAACAAAUUAGUUAGCUCAUAGGGACAAAGUAUAUGAGGGCUGUGUGCAGCAUAGUACACAGACCUCAAUAUAUGCAUUUUCAAAUAGUAAAAGGGCUCACAGUUUUUCACCUUUUUGUUGUUUAAAAAGUUACAGAUGGCACUUCUGAUUAUUUUUAGUACAUCUUUUAUUUUUCAAUAGAACACUGUAAGAAUUAUGGUAGCUGUGCGUUCCUUCAAUUUCUCAGGUAAAUAAAGCAGAUCAGUCAUAUUUUAUUGUAUUCUAAAAUUACUACUUUAAAUAUGGCCAAUCCAUAUAAGUGGAUUAUUUGUGUUACAUAAAUUGGAAACUACUGGAGGAUUGUUGUUUUUGUCUUGCAGUUAAAUAAAAUGCUGUCUUCAAUACUUCUGUCAGUUCAGUUAUGAAUAAUAAACUCAAAUAUAGCCAAUGUUUAUCUCUGAAAUGAAGGAGUGUUAGUUUUGAAUAAAUGUGCAAUCAAACCCACAUUUGAAUCUUACAAUCAAAUACUUUCAGGAUUUUAAUAACAUGAAUUUAUAUGAGUGAAAUUCAACUGACUCAGAAGCACAAAAAAUCCCAUAAAGCCUCCCUAAAAAUAAUGGAAUAAUUUAUAAACAUACUGAUUUGAAUUUCUGAAUUCUUUCUAAAAUAUUUUCCAUUCUUAAUUUCUGAAAUUUAACUCUUUCACACUUGGUACAGAGUGAUUACUCUAACCCUGGUUGGACAAGAAAUGUUGCUGUUCCUAUUUAUAAGAAAAAGAAUUUACAGAAUAAACCAUCAGUAUGAUAAAAAUACUGUGGUAAUUAACAUGUGGUAAAACAUACAGCCACUAGAUGGAGGUAUUAAGCUGACAGAUUCAAGAUAGUCUUUACUGGAUUUAAACUGAAUAAAACUGCUCAAAU